GUUGUUGUGUGCAUUGCCUACAGACGGCGAGAGAUGACACUGGACCCAGUGGAACUGAAGUUACACAUGGUUGUGAGCUGCCACGUGGGUGCUGGGAACUAAAUCUGGAUCCCCUCAAAGAGCAGCCAGUGCUCUUAACUUCUGAGCCAUCUCUCCAGCUCAGCAAUAUUUUUUUUUAUUUUAGUUUUUUUUAGAACAAUGAAUGACUCUCUAGUUCCAACUGGCCUGGAGCCUGCUGCUGGCCUGGAGACUCAGGUUGGCCUUGAACUCAUGAUCAUUCCUCAAUAUUCCUAGUUACUGGAACUGCAGGUGUGUCCUAUCAUGCCUGGCUUCCAGUUUCAUAUCGAGAAAGAAACUUGUCUUUUUAUUAGCUCACACAGGGGAAUUAUGAUCAGCCUUCUUUGGAAGAAAAGGGGAGGCACAUGAUGAUGUACUGCAGCCUCUGAGGCAGCUGAAAAACCGGAGCAGACAGGAAUGCAUGUGUAUGUGUUCCUGUUCCUGUCCAGUCUGGCCAAACAGUUCUCACUGUCAGGCUCCACUAUUUAUUUGAAAUGGGAGUGUGGGGCUACAACAGGGAUCACGUUAUUUUGUAUGCUGCAGAUAAAAUUUAUUCUGACUUCUAUCAAGAUCUGAAAGGACGAGUGCAUUUUACAAGUAAUGACGUCGUGUCUGGUGACGCAUCCAUAAAAAUAAGAAAUGUUCGUCCUGCAGACAGUGGCACCUACCAGUGCAAAGUGAAAAAAGCCCCUGGUGUUGCCAAGACAACCGUUCAGCUGACAGUUAUUGAUAUCACUGGGAGUGUGAACAUCACUACUCCAGAGCAGACAGUUCAGGAAGCCCAAGGGGAAACUGUCCAUCUGCCCUGCAUAUUCACCUAUGUCUCCAAGGACCAAGGACCACUGGACGUCGAGUGGCUUCGGCUCUCAGGACCUAACAAUGAGGCGAUAGACCAUGUGGUUAUUUUAUAUUCUGCAGACAAAAUCCAUGACGACGUCUAUCCAGAUCUAAAAGGACGAGUGUAUUUUACCAGUAAUGACAUCAGGUCUGGUGACGCAUCCAUAAAUAUUACAAACGUCCGGCUCUCGGACGUUGGCACCUAUCAGUGCAAGGUGAAAACGUACCCUGGCAUCGUCAACAGGAACCUCCAGCUGGCUGUCACUAAUAUCCUUGGGAGUGUGAGCAUCACUACUCCAGAGCAGACAAUUCAGAAAGCCCGAGGGGAAACUGUCCAUCUGCCCUGCAUGUUCACCCUUAUCCCUGAGGACCGUGGACCACUGUUCAUUGACUGGAUACAGCUUACCGGACCUCAGAAUGAGGUGGUGAACCGCAUGUUUAUUGUAUAUUUAGCAGACAAGGUUUAUGACAACUUCUAUCAAGACAUGAAAGGACGUGUGUAUUUUACAAAUAAUGACGUCAGGUCUGGUGACGCAUCCAUAAAUAUAACUAAUGUUCAGCUCUCUGAUGCUGGCACCUAUCAGUGCGGAGUAUCCCAUGACUUUGGUACUGCCCAGAGGACCAUUCAGCUGACAGUUGUUGGUUGAUCAUCUGCCUCAGAGAUUAUAUCACUUGAACUUUUAAUUACGUUUUGCUGAUGAUUUGAUCCUGUAUCUUCAAUGAAAUAUGCCUUGUGCUCCUGCACUCCACCAACCUAAAAAGAAAUCCUUAAUGAGAAUAAACUAGUAUUUCAUAA